CAAAAUUCAAGGAUUGAACCUUACCGGAUAUCUUGGAUCCUCGCUGUAUAAUCUACAAAAUUUGAAGAUAUUUGAUAUCAGUUCCAACAGCAUAAUGGGUGAAAUACCAUACGAAUUACCUCCAAAUGCCACACAUAUAAACAUGGCUUGCAACUAUUUGAGCCAAAAUAUCCCUCAUUCAUUAUCAAACAUGAAAAAACUAAGACAUCUGAAUUUAAGCCACAAUUUCUUGUAUGGACCAAUUGGCAAUGUGUUCACUGGCUUAGAUAAUCUCAAGGAAAUACUUGAGAAGCAAGAAAAGGAUGCUAAUUUGGAAAAGAAAAUAAAUGAUCUGUCACCUUGUGGGUACUUCUGAUGCUGUUGCUUCUGCUGAGAAACUUAUCAAUGAAGUCCUUGCUGAGGCUGAAGCCGGGGCUUCUGCCGGUGGUGGUACUAGACGGAUGGCUGCACAAUCUGGGGGUGAUGAAUUUUCGAUGCAAAUCCCAAACAAUAAGGUCGGCCUUAUAAUUGGUAAAGGAGGAGAAACAAUUAAGAGUAUGCAAGCUUCUACUGGAGCACGGAUUCAGAUUACUUUUAAUGUUAAACACCAAUUGCGAAUGGAAGAUCGAAUUUGGAUCCAACUCCAAUCCGGCUCAGAAUUCCGGUGCGGUGGAUUUUCAGAGAAUCGCAGAGUCAUCACUGCGGUGGUUACGUGGCGAAGUGGUCACGCGAGAGGGAAGUGAAGUGAGCUUCUCAGAGAUGAACUGUGAAGAAUGAGCUCUAAUCUUUGAGCAAAAAGCAACCGAUUCUGAAUAUGAGGGUAGAGAGCUUGAGAGUGAAGAGUGAAGAUUGAAGGUGAGGAAUGAAAAAACUAGAAAAGCUUCUGAUUGCACUGUUAUAUACAUGGUAUUCUCAACCAAAUCGGGCAACGGAUCGGGCAGGGAUAAGUCAAAAUUGGACCUUAGCUUGCAGUUCAGCUGGAUUUGCACGUUACUUCUAUGAAGGUUUGUUGUGGUUGGAAGUUCUGCUGUUAAAAUGUUAGUUUGUUUUGUUAGUUACAAGUCUGUCAAAUCAAUUUAAAAUUAGUUAGGUUAAGUUAGAGAACUAGUUAGUCAUGGUUAUUAUGAAAUUAGAAAAAAAAACUUAACUGUUAGUCAAAGUCCUGCUGUUAGUUAUUUCCCAUUUUUUGACUCUGUUAGUUUUAUUUAUAAUCGAUUGCUUUGAAAUUAUGUUACUACAAAAGGUUAGAUUGAUGUUAGUAAAUCUGUUAGCAAGUUGAUGGUGAGAUCUGUCAUGGCCUAUUAGUAUCAGAAACAUUAUUAGUGAAGGCCAAGACCAUGACCAAACACUUGCCUGAUUAUUUGAUGUAGAACUUACUUGCUGAAACUUUCCGCUAUGCUAAUGAUUGUCUUGGUGCAUGACUUGUCAUUGGGCAUGAGCGCCGGGAGCUGUUACCGCAGCAAGUUGUAUCAGUUAAGUUGUUAUGACUAAUUUUGGGAAUCUGCUAACGACUCGUUUUAGACAGCACUAGCUAGUGUGUUUUGAGUUGCUCACUUGCCAACAACUUAAUAAUUGU